AUGGAACUUAACAAAGAAAAUUAAAAAAGCAUUGAUAUCUAUCAAAACGAAAAUGAUGAAAAUGACCUUUUUUAAGAUUAAGAUAGUAAAUCUUAUUAAGAUUAAAUAAGACGAAAAAAUAAUCUAAAGAGAUAGACCCACCUUUGUCAUCCAAGUUAUUUCAAUCAUAUUAAUAAUUUUAUACGUUAUUGGAUUUGUAUAUUACUUAAUAUCAACUUCUAAAGAUAACUAAAAAUCAAAUAAUCAAUGA